AGAAUACUGCGCGGGACGCUACAAUCAUAUAUCUACCUAUCCUGUUGACUGCGGUCUCCUCCUCGCAGUUUACAGCCCGCAACCCCAGCUUGCCAAACACCCAUACCCACCCCUGCAAUCCUGCCAGCAUCAUGGCAGAACAGCCCACGGGAACACGAAAGCGCAAGCAAGCCGCGACUGCGCUUUCGAAAGACAGUCGGGCAGACGAGAUCGACGCUGCCAAGUCGGGCGCGCACGCCGCGUCUCGAGGCGGCAUCGUCCAACGCAUGCUAUGGGUGACCCUACUCUCUGCCCUCGCGUUCGCCGUCUACAAGAAUUCACCCGCCGUGAGGCGCUAUGCUGGCAUCUGGCUCGGCGUGCAGGACGACGCUGUAGAGCUGCACGGCACGCGCCGCGCCGACUUCAUCGGGUUCGAAGCUGACGUCCCACGGCGAGACGCCGUUGUGGAAGCAUUCAAGCACGCAUGGUCCGCAUACGAGCGCGACGCGAUGGGCGCGGACGAGUACCACCCGAUCAGCCGCAACGGAUCGGACCUGACGCCCGCGGGCGGCAUCGGGUACACGGUCGUGGACUCGCUCGACACGAUGCUCCUGAUGGGGCUCGCCGACGAGUACGCGCGCGCGCGCGCGUGGGUUGCGACGAACAUGACGUUCGAGCGCGACGCGAGCUUCAACACGUUCGAGACGACGAUACGCGUGCUGGGCGGCCUCCUGUCCGCGUACCACCUGUCUGGCGAGGACGCGCUCUUCCUCGACAAGGCGAAAGAGCUCGCGGACCGCCUCCUGCCCGCGUUCGACACGCCGUCGGGGCUCCCUCUCUCGAUGAUCAACCUCGCGAAGCGCGAGGGCAUCUCGGAUAAGGAUAAUCAGGGGCUCGUGAGCACCGCCGAGGCGUCGACGCUGCAGCUCGAGUUCCGCUACCUCGCGCACUUGACAGACGAGGACAUCUAUUGGAGGAAAGCUGAACGGGUUAUGGCGGUGAUUCGAGCGGGCAGGAUGCCUCCGGGCCUGGCCAGUAUCUUCAUGAACCCCAACGACGGCCGGUUCGUCACAUCCGCCAUCCGCCUCGGCUCGCGAGGUGACUCGUACUACGAAUACCUGCUGAAACAGUACGUUCAGACCGAUCUGACGGAGGGCGUGUACCGCGACAUGUACGACGACGCCGUGCAAGCGAUUCACGAUCACCUUAUCCAGAAGAGCAUGACCUCGGGGCUCACAUACACCUCCGAGCUCAUACCCGAGCGCGACCCCACAGGCCAGAUAUCCUGGCGCCUGACCCCGAAGCAAGACUUCCUGGUCUGCUUCUUCGGCGGCACGCUGAUGCUCGGCGCGACGCGCACGGGGGCCGUCGCGCACCCGGUCUCCGUCCCGCCGCGCGUGGAGGAGCUGUCUGAGACGGGCCGGCGCGACUGGCACACGGGCGUCGAGCUCAUCCGGACGUGCAUGAACACGCACGACACGCAGACGGGCCUCGCGCCGGAGAUCGCGUACUUUAGGAUCCCGAGCGAUGAUGUGGGCUCGGUGCUGCCCAAUGCGCCGAGAGAUUGGUACAUCAAGGGUGCCCGACGGGGCGCAUUUCCCCCAUACGAUGCGCGCUACAUCCUCCGGCCAGAGACCGUCGAGUCGCUCUUCGUCGCGUUCCGUCUGACGGGCGACCGGCGGUACCGCGAGUGGGGCUGGCGCAUCUUCCAGUCGAUCCAGACGCACUGCCGCAUCCCGACGGGCGGGUACGCCGCGAUCGUGAACGUCGACGAGGUGCCGGUGCGGCACGAGGACAAGAUGGAGACGUUCUUGAUGAGCGAGACGCUGAAGUACCUGUUCCUCUUGUUUUCGGACGGGGACGUCAUUCCGCUGGACAAAUACGUGUUCAACACCGAGGCCCACCCGCUGCCCAUCUUCACUCCGACGAUCAGGACCGGGUUUACUUGAUUUACUGGCCUGCGCUCUCGAUGUAUCCUAUUUAUCCACGCAUGCUCAGUGGCUGGAAUGCAAAAAGGAAGGGCGCUUCUGCCUGCUUCCUAAGAUCUCACCCCGU